CGUGCGCGAUACUACGAGGUAUGUCCAAAGGACUCCCGUCGUUUUUCGUCAGCUACCCUUUCUGCACCCCGUUCCCCUCGCGCAAAUCGCCGAUUUAAUCAAACUCGUCGCGGAAAUGGUGAAAAAGUGUAAACAAGACGAGACGUGAGGCAAUCGAGUCGACGGUGUCGAUACACGGGGCACCGCGCGCCACGUGUCCACCUCGGUGGCGACGGUGGGCAGUGUGGGCGCACACAUGCCAGUCUAAAAAUACUCGCAGUCCGGCGGGAGCCGUCCGAUCGCGUCGGUCCGGACUGAUCGAUCUGAGGCGCAAGAGGACAGAGAGAUGGAUCUGACGCGGUAUCGCAAAAUUAUUAUCUACGCGCUGACAUUCCUGGCGUACGCCUGGUCCGGCUACGGCUCGGGGCUGCUGACGAAUCUACGGGACGCCGUGCUGGCGGCGGAGACGGUCUUCCAGGACCUCUUCGCCAAUGCCAUCACCGUGGCGAAGAGGAUCAAGGACAUACACGAGGUGUUCGACGCCGCCGUGGAGGAGAACUGCGUCUUCAAGUGUCCCGACGGAUCCACGCCGAAGGCUGACUGGAAUCACAAGCCGCAGAGCGACGGAUGCGGUUCCCUCGGUAUCCAGGUGAACCAGGAAUACCUUCCGCUCGCCGAAAUGACCAAGUGCUGCGACCUCCACGACAUUUGCUACGAUACUUGUAACACGGACAAGGAGAAGUGCGAUCUGGAAUUCAAGCGAUGCCUCUACAGAUAUUGCGACACGUAUCAAACCACCGGCAUCAGCAUCGUCAACACGUGCAAAGCUGCGGCGAAAGCCCUGUUCACGGGGACGACCGCGCUGGGUUGCAAGAGCUUUCUCGACGCCCAGAAGCAGGCUUGUUACUGCCCCGACAAGCGUAGCAGAAACAAGAAACCGAAGAAGGCGGCGCAGGCCGGCGGGGAAUUGUAAUCUCUCAUACUGUAGGCGAUUUUUUGCCGACUGCUUGGUACAUAUACCAAAGUGUACGCGUCAUGAAUGCUUUCCCAUACAGCACCAAAGCUUUCAGAAACAUUUCAGAAACAUUGCAACAUUGCAACAUUGCAACAAUGUUUUCUGAAAUAUUUCUGAAAGCUUUGGUGCUGUAUGGGUUUACACCUGAAGAAAGACGCUAAAGAGAGCGAUAGGAAAAUCUAUUUUAAUAAAAUGAAUUUUUCUAUCGGAAUAUAUUGAACUUAACGGCUGUUUUCAGGUGUAAAAGCAUUCAUGACGCCGAGUGUACGCUUCGGUAUAUGUACCCAAAAAUCGCCUUAAGUUUUACGCAUAAUGUAAAAAUAACAAUAUUUAUACUACAAAGCGUAUUAAAUAGAACGUAAAUUUCUAUAGAUCCUGCUCGAUAAUAGAUCUAGAAUUUUUGUAAGUUUGUGUAUCAUAGCUGAAUUUAAUUAAUAAGAAAUUUAAGAAGAUUAAGCGCGAGAAACGUGAAUUUUAUAUACAAGGAUAGGGGACUACGUUUCUCAAUUAUAACAAUUGUUACUAUUGUUAAUAAAAAGUUGUAUUAAAUCUUCGUCGUCCUCUCGGUCCGCCGAUGUCUCUUUUCUGUUUGCCGGCUUCCUAACUGACUUCUAGAAAAUUUUAAUCAAGUUCUCAAACUGUAUCGCUAUUUCAACAAUGAUGUUUUCGGUCUGA